UUCCAAAGUUCAACUGUCAAAUAAAUUGAUAAGAUAACAAGCAAAGACCCAAAACUUAUCAAAAGUAGAUAUAACUUCGAACAGUGAAGUUAGUGAAAAAAUUAAUACUUUUUUUACCAACCUUUAUACAAGUUUAUAUAAAGGUGUAUUAAUGUAACGUUAGUACAUGGUAAUCGUCCAACUUCCGAGCAUUAAUCAGCAUUUCUUCAAUAUAAAAUUGUCUGCGGCAAGAUCUAUUCACGUAUCUGCAAAAUUAAAUCAAGCCAUGGGGAUAGACGGCAAUAAUAUAUUGGCGGAGAGUCUAAAAAAACAGGGUGUUGAAUAUGUCUUUGGUAUUGUUGGUAUACCAGUAAUUGAAACAUCCUUAGCUUUCCAAGCUGCUGGUCUCAAAUACAUAGGUAUGCGCAAUGAACAGGCAGCUUGCUACGCAGCUCAGGCAAUUGGAUAUCUCACUGGUAAGCCAGGAGUUUGCCUAGCAGUGUCAGGACCUGGACUUCUUCACUGCAUCGGUGGUAUGGCCAAUGCUCAGGUUAACUGUUGGCCAUUACUUGUCAUUGCCGGCUCUUGUCCAGAAGACCAUGAAGGAAUCGGUGGCUUCCAGGAGUGGCUUCAGGUGGAAUCAAGUCGUAUGUACAGUAAGUACGCGGCGCGGCCGCCGUCGGCGCGCCUCAUACCGCAGCACGUGGAGAAGGCGGUGCGGCUGGCGAGCGCGGGCCGCCCCGGCGUCGCGUACCUCGACAUGCCAGCUACACUACUUACGGCAGAAGUAGAUGAAGACAAGGUACCUUUAGAUUAUUACAAUGCGGGUGCCAUACACCCAGCGCACCCGGACCCGGCGCUGGUGGAACAGGCGGCUGAACUGUUGGCGAAGGCCGAGCGGCCGCUGGUGAUAGUGGGCAAGGGCGCCGCGUACGCGAGGGCGGAGCACGCCGUUAGACAACUUGUGGAUAACACUAAAAUACCAUUCCUGCCUACUCCGAUGGGUAAGGGCGUGGUGUCGGACGAUUCGCCGUGGUGCGUGUCCGCGGCGCGCACACAAGCGCUGCUGCAGGCGGACGUGGUGCUGCUGCUGGGCGCGCGCCUCAACUGGAUGCUGCACUUCGGACAGCCGCCGAGGUACGCGCCCGGAGUUAAAGUCAUACAGGUGGACAUAUCAGCGGAAGAACUGAACAACUCAAUAAAAUCCGAAAUAGCGGUACACUCCGACAUCAAGCCCUUCGCUGAGGCUCUCACACAGAAGUUGUCCGAGAAGAAGUUCAGUCUGCAGCCAGCUGGAAACAAAUGGUGGCAAACGCUGCAAGACAAACAGAAGAAAAACACUGAAUUUGUUGAGGCCCAGGCGAACGACAAGUCUGUGCCUCUCAACUACUACGCAGUGUUCAAAUGCGUGCAAGCGAACAUCCCCAAGGACGCGGUGAUCGUGAGCGAGGGCGCCAACACCAUGGACAUCGGCCGCGGCGUGCUGCUCAACACCCUGCCCCGUCACCGCCUCGACGCAGGCACCUUCGGCACCAUGGGCGUGGGACCCGGGUUCGCGGUGGCGGCGGCCAUGUGGUGCCGCGACCACGCGCCCGGCAAGAGAGUCGUCUGUGUGGAGGGAGACUCCGCAUUCGGCUUCUCGGGUAUGGAGAUAGAAACUAUGUUCCGUUACAAAUUGCCAGUGAUAAUAAUAAUAGUGAACAACAAUGGAAUUUAUAGUGGCUUCGAUAAAGAUACAAUGCAGGAGUUCCAGUCGUAUGGCGACGUUUCUCAAAGCACUCCGCCUACAGCAUUAACUCCCGAAGUGCACUAUGAGAAGAUGAUGGAAAUGUUCGGAGAGUCAGGCCACCUUUGUCGCACAGUGGAAGACAUAGAGGCAGCUGUCAAGAAAGCCUUGUCAGUGACUGACAAGCCGAGCAUCAUCAAUAUUCUGAUAAAUCCACAAUCUAAUAGAAAACCCCAAACAUUCAAUUGGCUCACGGAGUCUAAACUGUGAUAAUUAUACUUUUGUAAGCAUUUUGUCUAUAAUUCCUUUUAAUUUGUAUUUUUGUAUACUUAAAAAAAAUUAUAUGUUGUACAAUUCAAUAAAGGUUUAAAUGAUUGUAAUCUAUCCUAAUAUUAUAAAGAGGAAAGAUUUAUAUUUUUGUAUGUAUUGAAAUAACUCAAAAACUCAAAGCUAUGUUGUCAGUAACAGGAUACAUUUAUUAAUUUCUCGCGGACCAAGUCGCGAGCAACAGCUAGUAUAUAAUGUUUAUGAACAAAUUUGAUUUGUUUGAGACAAUAUCAUAAGAAUAAGAAAUACUUUACUUUUUUAAAAUUGUAAAAUAUUUUAGAAUCAUAAUUAAUCAUUUAUUGAGAAAGAAAAGAAUUAUAAUUAUUUAUAUAUGCUAAAUAACUUUGAUAAGAGCUUUUCCAUCGACUGAAAAAUUCUAGAUUAUUUUUAAUCUUUUUUCUAUAUUUUUUCUUUAUCAAGCGUUUUAGUACAGUGGAAUAUUUUAUAUUUGGAUAAAAUAAGAAACAAAUACGAAUGUUUAUAUUGUCUGUAAUUGAAUUACUUGUCACAUCACAUGUUUGUAUAUGGUGAACUUAAAAAUAUUUAUUAAAUACAAUUUAUAAACUAAA